AUGUCCGAUCUUUGUCAGCACGCGUACGCCGGAGAUUCGUUAGAGGGUAGGAGGGUGAAUGCACGAGUUUUCGGUGGCUUUCUGGGCGACAUCGCUCUGCCGAAUAUCAAGUACGAGACCGAAUGGCGACAGCAAAAGCUCAACAAGAGCUACCUGGAGGAGCUCGAGAAGUACCGAGACGAGGUCCUCAAGGAGGGUCUCCAGGUCGAGGAAGAGGGUCUCACGGACAUCCUGCAGUUUAAAAAUGAGCACGACGCUAACGAGGCGCAUCAGGAGAACGAGGAGAUCGUGGCUUCUCAAGAGAAAUCCGAACCAAUUAUGGUGGACCGGAAUCAAUACAGCAUGGACGGCGAGCUCGAGGGUGGAUUCAGUUUUAACGCGAGGAACGAAGAUGCCAGGCCUGGGGUGAGGGACGAAGGCGUUGAAUUCAGGCUAGAGUCAACGACCCCAUCGACGAAGAAAAGGCAUUCGGCUCGAAAACAAGGACGUGAAGCCUCGCAAACGGCGUCGAACGCUACAAAAUCGAUGCAAGCAUUUUUGAGAACGUCUCAAGAGUCGAACGUGUUUCCUACCAGCACCGAGAGCACGAAUCGAAUGAAAAAUCUGAACGCGGAAAACGUCGAGGAAGUAUUCACCAUUCAGCCGGAAAGCAGCACGCGGAACACGUCGAAACGGCGUCAUCGUCGUCAUCAUCGUAGAAGAACGACGAGGAGGAGGCACCGCCGUCGCAAGAUACCCCUGGUCAGGCGAGAUUUCGACGACUCCUCCGACGAAGUGGUGUCGCUGCACGAUCGACAGCUACGCUCGAUCGAGUUCUACGACAUGGAGUACAAACCCAAGUACCUGGCGAACAAACGCGGCACCACGAGGCACAGGUUCUCCGGCAGGACGCGGAGGGCCGCGACAGCGCGCAAGGAACGCGUGUGGGACCACGGGGUGAUCCCGUACGAGAUCGACGGGAAUUUUUCCGGCGCCCACAAGGCCCUGUUCAAGCAGGCCAUGAGGCACUGGGAGAACUUCACUUGCGUUAAAUUCGUGGAAAGGGUCACGGUGGAACAUCCUAAUUAUAUUCUCUUCACGGAGAGGCCUUGUGGAUGUUGCUCGUUCGUCGGGAAAAGAGGGAACGGUCCGCAAGCGAUAAGUAUCGGGAAGAAUUGCGACAAGUUUGGGAUAGUGGUGCACGAGCUGGGCCAUGUGGUUGGCUUCUGGCACGAGCAUACCAGGCCCGACCGCGAUCGUCACGUGCAAAUCAUCCGCGACAAUAUCAUGUCUGGUCAAGAGUACAACUUCAAUAAACUGACAGAGGAGGAAGUGAACUCUCUCGGCUUGCCGUACGACUACGACUCCAUCAUGCAUUACGCGAAGAACACGUUCUCGAGGGGGACGUACCUGGACACGAUACUGCCGAUGGAGAUCCACGGGAAGAAGCGACCAGAGAUCGGUCAGAGACUGAGACUCAGCGAGGGUGACAUCGCUCAGACGAACCUUCUUUACAAAUGCUACAAAUGUGGCAGGACGUUUCAAGAGAACAGCGGAAGUUUCGCGUCGCCCGCUCAUGCGAACGGUUCACCGCCACCGGAAGGCGAACGCUGCGAAUGGAGGAUCACGGCGACCCACGGCGAACGAAUAGUUUUGAACAUCACGUCGCUGGACAUAUUUAAGAGCAAUUUUUGUCGCAGCGACUAUCUGGAGAUUAGAGACGGAUACUGGCACAAAAGCAACGUGCUGGGUCGAUACUGCGGAAGCGGAAAGAUCCACGAGCCGGUAGUCUCGACCGGAAGUAGAAUGCUGGUUACUUACGUGACGUCGAGUCAUCAGGGCGGGCACCGUGGCUUCAUGGCCACCUACGAGGCCGUUUGCGGCGGCGAGAUCGAGCUGGAUGACACAGGCCACUUGGAAUCGCCCAACUAUCCGGAGGGCUAUCAAUCUAGCAAGGAAUGCGUCUGGAAGCUGUCCGUGCCGCAGAACUUCCAAGUAGCGUUGAAGUUUCAAUCGUUCGAGAUCGAGAACCACGACAAUUGCGUGUACGACUACGUGGAGGUGCGGGAUGGUCAUAACGCUGACUCGCCGUUGAUUGGGGUUUACUGCGGUUACAAGAUACCACCGGACAUUAAGUCCACGGGCAACAAACUCCUCGUGAAGUUCGUGAGCGAUGGGUCCGUGCAGAAGGCUGGAUUCUCGGCCACGUUCAUGAAAGAAUUCGACGAGUGCGUUCUGAUCGAGCAUGGCUGCGAACACAAUUGCAUUAAUACCUUGGGUGGAUUCGAAUGUUCCUGCAAACCUGGCUACGAAUUGCACUCCGAUGGGAAACACUGCGAAGAUGCCUGCGGCGGAGUGUUCGAGGACAGCAACGGAACCAUCACGAGUCCCUCGUUUCCGGUAACUUAUCCAGGAAACAAGGAUUGCGUCUGGGAAAUCAUAGCUCCGCCUCAGUAUCGCAUCACGCUGAAUUUCACGCAUUUCGAUCUGGAAGGAAACAAUGCUCGUCAACAGGAAUGCGAGUACGACUCUGUGGAAGUGAGCAGCAAACUUGGUGACGAUAUCCUGAGGAAACACGGCAUUUUCUGUGGCACCAGGCUACCGUCGUUGAUCACCUCCGAAGGCAACUCUCUGAGAGUGACUUUCACGUCUGACAACAGCAUUCAGAAAACUGGUUUCGCCGCCGUUUUCUUCACGGACAUGGACGAAUGUGCCAACAACAACGGAGGCUGUCAACACGAGUGCAGGAACACAAUAGGAUCUUACCAAUGCUCUUGUCACAACGGUUUCACGCUUCACGAAAAUGGACACGACUGCAAAGAGGGCGGCUGCAAGUACGAAAUCGCUGCACCUAUGGGCACUAUAACGUCGCCCAACUAUCCUGACCAUUAUCCCGGGCUCAAGGAUUGCGUCUGGCACUUUGUUACCAAGCCAGGCCAUCGUAUCAAAUUAGUUUUCAAGGUUUUCGAGAUGGAGUCCCAUCAAGAAUGCAAUUACGAUCACAUCGCCAUCUACGACGGUGAUUCUCCCGACAGUCACGUUCUCGGGAAAUUCUGCGGUACCAAAGAGCCGCAUCCGAUCUUGGCAACCGGAAAUCAAAUGUACAUGGUAUUUAAGAGCGACGCUUCCGUCCAGAGGAAAGGUUUCCUUGCUACUCACAGCACUGCUUGCGGCGGCCACCUGACCGCGACGAACGAGGUGAAGCAUUUGUUCUCGCACGCGAAGUACGGGGUCCAUAAUUACGACCACAAAACCGACUGCGACUGGGCGAUCGAGGCACCUCCGGGCAAAAAUGUCCAUCUGACAUUUGUCACGUUCCAACUGGAAUUAGAAAGCGACUGUAAUUACGACUUCGUCGAGGUUUACUCCGGCCUGGACACGUCUGGCCUUCUGUACGGGCGAUACUGCGGAAAUAGCAACACCACCGACUUCAUAUCGAUAAACGAGGCGUUGCUGGUGAGGUUCAGAACCGACGACACGAUAUCGAACAAAGGUUUCAUGGCGUUCUUCGUGGCGGUUGACCGGCAGGACAGCGGGGAGAAUUACGGAGGUUCGGAGGACGAAGACGCGGACGAGGAGAACCUCUGAUCCGUGACAGGCCUCGCCAAUCGACUGGGCUACGGAUUCCACAUCGGCUCGCUGCUACAGAACAGCGAUCAAGGCGAGGACGAGUAAAACAGAGUCUAAUUACUCGCACGCGAAACGUUUCGAACGUUUGAAUAUGGAAUGUACGUAGCCCUAGGCAAACGUGAAUCUUGCUCGAUCGUCGAGGCCGUGAUGCUUGCUCUUGUCUCGAACCGCGGAUUCGAGCAAGGCGAAUCAAUAUCGAACGAUUACGUCGAUCUUUGGACUUGCAGAUUUGUAUUCGACGAUUAACGAAAGGGGAAAACGAAGCAGACGUGUUCCCCGAGUUAGUCCGAGUGUCUCGCGUCAAGGAUAAUUUAUUCCGUCAGCGAUGGCGUUAGUUCACGGCUUAACCAUUUGGAUUAGCUUGUACGACCCUGAAAUUCGGCCUAGAGUCAGGCCAAUCGUGCCAUUGUAUGUUUAGGUAGAUCGCAUUAUACUGUUAACUAAUAUGAAUUUCACACCCAGUGAGAAACGGCAGGUUUCGGAACAAAGGCGUACAACACACACGGUGUUGCCAAAGUGAUUUUCUAAUAUUUAAUCGAACAGUAUCUCAUCGGUGUACGGAAUUAUUCUAAGUAAUCGAUACCAAUACGAUAAGAAGGCAUAAGAAAAACGAAGAAAUAGUCGACGAUGGACGAAAA